UGAUUUUUCUACAUCGGUCUCGUCGGGUCGGUCAUCCGCUGCAAUCGCGGUCGUAACAAUCCGUCUUAAUCCGUUAGUGUUUCUGUUCGUCUCUCGUAUCUGGCUACAAUUUGCAUAGCUGCAGUUCCGUGCAUCCACUGGGAGUAGCCUAUCGACCGCAGUCAGUCGCAAUUAUUCUGAUGGUGGAUAGUGGAUUUAGUGGACACAGCCCCCGUUAGCACUCAGUCGUAUAACAUACCUGCGCCCAUAUGUGCCAUUACAACAUCUCGUUUUUUUUGCUUUCCAAUACCUCAACGUAGUGCUUGUGGGGCGUUUGCUAUGACUAGUGAAGUCAGUAGUGCUGGAGCAAGUUUUUAGUUUUAAAACCGACCGACGACCGCCAACCGAAGGCUCGCUUUUGAGGAUUGAUUUAGCACCUGUGGAGACGAUAAUACAUCAUAAAGUCGUCGUUGAGUUGUGUGAAGGACACUGCUCAGUUCGAGGAUUAGAUAACAAACAAUCCGAUUUCGAAUAGCGGUGGUGAGGAAUUUGUUCGCAGUGCAAUUGAGAGAUACGUGUAGAUACUUCUUUGAUUUUGCAAAACAACGGCAGUAGUCUCCCUCCGAGGAUCGACCCCCUCCACAUAACUAGUAGAGAAACAAAGAGAAGAAUCAAUAAAGUUGUUGCCUAUAGGAAGUGGAAGCCAGCAGGAAGAGGAGUGUGGUGUUGUGAGGAACGCGACUGGUGCUGAUCGGAGAAGAAUAACAAAAUAUCGUACGAUACAGCAGCAGAGCGAGAGGGGCCAGAUAGAUAAAGCCCGCGAGGAACAAAGAAGGCUAUAGAUAUCAUCCCAUUUUAUACGCGCUCUUGCUGGGGGGACAGCGUGCGGAUUGUGCGCGAAGUGCGUCGUCGUUCUCGUCGUCACCGCUGUCGUUUGUCAUCAUCAUUAGUCGUUCGUCCGCGUGAUCUCUGCGAAUAAAACUGCGGCAAUCCGGGCGGUCUUUAUCUAUUACUGUAGGAAGGCACUAGAGUUCAUCGUGGUUUAGUUUAAGUCGGUGCAAGUCCAGAACUCAUUCUGGUUGCGAUUUUUUUCCUGUGCUGAUUAGGAAGCCGUAGGAACUCACAGCGCAGCAGACAUGGAUACCGUCGAGACAGCCAAUCACUUCAUGGCCUUUGGGGAAGCAUCCAGCGAUAAGGCGCCACUGCUGGGAGGAGCUAUGACGUCGCCAGCAUCCAACGGUCAACUGAGGUAUGCUACGAGCAAUGGCAUCGGUGUUCACUCGACGACCACACAGCGGAAGACCCAACCCAACGGAAGCGGCGUGGAGUGCAAUGGAAAGGGACCAGCAACGGUGGACGAACCCAGCAGCGAAGACAAAGAAGAGGAACGAUCUGCCCGACAGUCGCUGAUCAUUCUGGCGUCGAUCUUCUUCACCAGCCUGUUUGCGAUGAUCUACGUGUAUGCGAUGUUCCCUGAGCUGGAGGAGUCCGAAAAGCAGUACAUCAAAGUGCCGUUCGACAUCGAUGAUGCCAAACAGCUGGGCCGUGUGCUGGAUCGCUACAAAGAUCUCUACUACCUGGAAGUGAUGUCCGGCGUUGUUCUGGUGUACAUAUUCCUUCAAACGUUUGCCAUUCCCGGUUCGCUGUUCCUAUCGAUUCUGAGUGGGUUCCUGUACAACUUCCCAGUCGCAUUGACGCUGGUCUGCUUCUGCUCGGCCCUCGGGGCCACCCUGUGCUACCUGCUAUCGCAACUGGUUGGUCGUCGGGUGGUCAUACACUACUUCCCGGAGAAGGCUCGCGUCUGGGCCCACCAGGUCGACAAACAUCGCGAAGAUCUGCUCAGCUAUAUGCUGUUCCUGCGGAUGACCCCAUUCCUGCCGAAUUGGUUCAUCAACCUGGUGGCUCCGGUCAUCGGCGUGCCGCUGUAUCCGUUCGCAUUGGGAACGUUCCUGGGCGUGGCACCGCCCUCCUUCAUUGCCAUUCAGGCGGGCAAAACCCUCUACAAGAUGACUAGUUCCAGCGAUGCCUUCAGUUGGGGCUCGGUUACGCUGCUGGCGGUGUUCUCUGUCUUUUCCCUCGUUCCGGUCGUAUUCAAACGGUACUUCAAGUCCAAGAUCGACUAAGCGGCCACCACACGCUGGUAUUACCACGAGUUAAACAAAAGGUUAGUCAUUAGGCUAUAGAACGGAACCGAUACAAACGAUUUAGUGAAGAUGGGAGGGAGAAAUUCGCAAUCGGAAAACAAGGAUGAAUAGUAUAAUUUUAGCCAAAGAUGUGUGUAAGGUUACAAAUAUUGUUAGUUGUUUAAGGCGGGGAUAAACGGCGAGCGAUGCGAGUGCGUAGAGAUAGCGGUCGAAUAGAUAUGAUGGGGGGGCAAACAAUAGGCAAUUAAGAAAAUAGAGAUCAUCUGCGCAGCUUGUUCGAAAAAAGUAGGGAUGGGGUGAACAUUCAGCACCAACAUUUCAAAUUAGUUUAAUUUGGUUGAGCCUUGAUACGCAGUUUUGUCCUUUUGAAAUGUUGAUGCCUCCAUAAUUUGGCAGUACUGCAUGCAAGUAGGUUAUUUGCUUGCAAUAUCUGCAACCCACCUUAACCCGAACGAGCAUCGAGAAAUGAUCGCUAAAUUAUGCAGAGUUCUUAAAACAAAAGCAAAGCAUUUCGUUAUUGGGUUGUGUAUAUGUUACAUCCCCGUAAACUACCGCUCAUAUAAAAUGGGGAAUGUUUUUUUUUAGAGAAAAAAAAUCCAUGUUCCACAACUUCGAAACGAAGAAAUGUGAACCCAAACAGGGGAAAGUAUUACCGAUGCAGAAACAUAGAACACUGAUCAAAUGCCUCCGCGCGUUGCUAGCUGGUUCUCAUCUCAAGCCAUAUUACCAGGCGCUGUAGGACCAGCGGCAGUCGAGGAAAUACGAUUGGUCACACUAGACAUUUUAAAAUCAAUCAUGAAUGAUAUAGCUACAUACUAUAUAAGUGAAAUAAAGCAUCCUACUCCUAUUACACCUAAAAAAACCGGGGACAAUGUUGAUAUUCCCACAAGAUAUCAAUCGCAUAGAAAUGACUAAACAGUUCCCACUAUAUGUGAAUUUUGAGUUUCUUUUAAUACGAACUUUAAUCUUGGUAAAUAAGCUAACUAUGAUAUUCAAAUAGACACACUUUUAUCUUGAACCCAAGCACACACACCAAGAGUGGGAAAAUGUUGGCACCAUUGUUGUAUGCGCCCUUAAUAGUUAUCUCAUCGAUGUGAUUUGUUUGCACAGGUUCGAAGAACGAAAAAAAAAGAAACCAGUUUAUGUCGUAUACGCACCGACGAACCGACAUGCGAUUCGAACGUUCAAACGGGGGAUCAGAUCUGUCAAAUGAGGUGAGACGUAAACCAAGGCAAUAUAAAUUAUACGUGGGUUCGUGUCCUUGCUAAUGGUAUGACGCGAUCGGAUGAGUAGAUGUCGGUAGUGUUUAACGUAUUUUAAAUAUUGGGCACGAAUUUGAAAGUACAGUCAAAUUUCGCUCGUUGGGCUAUGUUUAAGUGGGCUACGUUUUAGUUGGGCUCCCGUUAGUAGGACCGUAGCCUACCUAAAUCGAAGUCAAAUGUCAUUUUUGACAGUGCUAUUUCUUUUUCGAGGGGCUCAUGUAUGAAAGCCUUUCACUAAGUGUGGGCUACAGGUUUAGCCCAACGAGCGAAAGUUGACUGUAGCUUGUAUGAGCUGUCACGUCGGUUCGUCGGUGGUAUUAGUUCCCUAUGCAAAUAAGCAAAUGAACGUGUAACACCGACUAACUGACAUGAAUGAUCAUAUUAGUAACUAUUUAUAGAAUCACGACUGACAUCUGUCGCCAUGUUCGCGGAAAUCGUUUAGCUAAUACAUGCAAAAUUCAUGAGUUGGUUCGUGUCCGAUCUAUUAUGGACAAACUAUUUUUAUCUAGAUAAAAUAAUCGUACCUUUUUGACAGAUCGGAUCGCUGCACAUUUUAAUCGGCCGUUAUAGAUUUUCGAGUAAAACUUAAGUUUUAGUUUCAUGUCGGUUUGUCGGUGCGUGUAAUAUGAUAAAAAAAAAGAUGAAAACACAACCGAAUGAAAGUAAGUCAAAAGGCAAAAGGGAUAAAAUGGAAAACAAAAAUAGUGAAAAGAAUGCUAAAAAAAUAUGAAAAAAAU